ACAGUCCAACAUAUCUCCCUAUUUAUACCCCCUCUUUUCUACUCCCACUUCUCUAUUAUUCACUCUCUUCUAUUUUUUUCUAUUCUCUAAAUUCCUCUGUUUUCAAAUCCUCUGUUUUUUUUUUCAUUCAAGAAGGAAAAAGAUGCCGGCAGGCGGGUUCGUAACGCAAGGGGGCAAAGAAUACCCCGGAAAACUCACCCCUUACGUCCUUGCAACAUGCAUUGUUGCUGCCAUGGGUGGUCUCAUCUUCGGUUAUGACAUCGGAAUUUCAGGUGGUGUGACAUCCAUGCCGGACUUUCUGAAAAAGUUUUUCCCAUCGGUGUACCGAAAAGAAACGCAAGAUCAAUCAACAAAUCAGUACUGCAAAUUUGAUAGUGUGACAUUAACAUUGUUCACAUCAUCUUUGUAUUUGGCUGCUUUGUUAGCUUCACUUGUUGCAUCAUACGUAACAAGAAAAUUGGGCAGAAAAUUGUCUAUGUUAUUUGGAGGUGUUCUUUUCUGCGCUGGUGCAAUCAUCAAUGCUUUGGCACAAAAUGUUGCCAUGCUUAUUAUUGGUCGAAUUUUGCUGGGUUUUGGUGUUGGAUUUGCCAAUCAGUCAGUACCUCUAUACCUAUCAGAAACAGCACCUUACAGAUACAGAGGAUCACUCAACAUUGUAUUCCAACUUUCCAUUACAAUUGGUAUCUUAAUAGCCAAUGUACUAAACUAUUUCUUCGCCAAAAUCCAUGAUUGGGGUUGGAGAUUGAGUCUAGGAGGUGCCAUGGUCCCUGCUAUCAUCAUCAGUGUGGGCGCGUUACUCCUCCCUGACACCCCAAACUCUUUGAUCGAACGUGGUAAGCGUGAUGAAGCCAUCCAGAAACUUAAAAGAGUACGUGGAGUGGAUGAUGUUGAAGACGAGUUUAAUGACCUUGUGGCUGCCAGUGAGGCCUCCAAGAAGGUUGAACACCCUUGGAGGAAUCUCCUUCAGAAGAAGUAUAGGCCUCAUCUUACUAUGGCUAUCGCGAUCCCUUUCUUCCAACAGCUUACUGGUAUCAAUGUUAUCAUGUUCUAUGCUCCUGUCCUGUUUAAGACUAUUGGGUUCAAGGACAAUGCUUCUCUUAUGUCUGCUGUUAUCACUGGUGGAGUCAAUGUGGUUGCUACUUUGGUUUCGAUUUAUGGUGUUGAUAAAUGGGGUCGUAGGUUCCUCUUCCUUGAGGGUGGUGUUCAGAUGUUCAUCUGUCAGGUAAUUGUGGCAAUUUUUAUUGGAGUGAAGUUUGGAGUAAGUGGAAACGCCACUAACCUGCCAGAAUGGUACGCGAUAGUGGUGGUGCUCUUCAUAUGCAUCUAUGUGUCUGCCUUCGCGUGGUCAUGGGGUCCAUUGGGAUGGCUAGUACCUUCAGAAAUCUUCCCCUUGGAGAUCAGGUCAGCAGCACAAAGUAUCAACGUGUCUGUCAACAUGUUUUUCACUUUCGUAAUAGCUCAGAUUUUCCUCACUAUGCUCUGCCACUUCAAGUUCGGGCUCUUCCUCUUCUUUGCCUUCUUCGUCGUGGUUAUGUCAUUGUUCAUCUAUUUCUUCCUCCCCGAGACUAGAGGCAUCCCUAUCGAGGAGAUGAGCAUCGUAUGGAAGAACCAUUGGUACUGGGGCAAGUACAUUCCUGAUGAAGAUCUCCCUCAUGGUGCUCAUGCUCUUGAAAUGGGCAAGAGUAAUGGACAACAAGGUCCUAAACUUGUUUAAGCAAUAUUUGAAGAAUUGAAUUUAACUAAUUAAAGUUUCAUAGGACAACACACAGAAUUGUAUUUAAUUAUCUUAUUAGAUUAGCUCUUUUUAUUACUUAUUUAAGCUUUUGAUUGGUACAUUAAGGAGGGAUUUAAAGGAUGAUGGGAUGUUUUAGUGUUUGCAUUCGUCUAUAUAUAAACAAGCAAUUAGUUUAUUGAAUCUCAACUAGCCUUCUGGCCCGUGCAAUGCACGGCUCGUUCAAAGAAAAUUACAUUGAGAAAUGAGUGAGAAAAUACCAAUAAAUAAUUAUGAGUGUAAUAUGUAACUGAAAACAUAAUUAAAGAAAUAAAAAAUUUGGGACUUUAAUUU